UGAGCGCGCGGCCUCGGCUCCCGGCUCGGUUCUGCUCCGCUGCGACCUGCUGCCGCAGCCGCCAUGCAGACCCCCCGGCUCCUGCUGCUCGCCCUCGGCCUGCUGCUCGGCCCCGCUGCCGCGCUCAUCCGGAUACCCCUGCACAAGUUCCCAUCCAUCCGCCGGACACUGUCUGAGGCAGGCGGUUCCGUGGAAAACCUGAUCUCCAAGACCCCUAUCUCCAAAUACACCCAAGGGGGUCCUGCUGUGCCCGGGGGUCCGGUACCAGAGAUCCUCAGGAACUACAUGGAUGCCCAGUACUACGGGGAAAUCGGCAUUGGGACGCCCCCACAGUGCUUCACGGUCGUCUUUGACACUGGCUCCUCCAACCUGUGGGUCCCCUCAGUCCACUGCAAACUGCUGGACAUAGCCUGCUGGAUCCACCACAAAUACAACAGCGCCAAGUCCAGCACCUACGUGAAGAACGGCACCACCUUCGACAUCCACUACGGCUCGGGCAGCCUCUCCGGGUACCUGAGCCAGGACACUGUGUCGGUGCCUUGCAGCUCAGCCUCAGCCUCAGCCCUGGGAGGUGUCAGGGUAGAGCGGCAGACCUUCGGGGAGGCCACCAAGCAACCGGGCAUCACGUUCAUCGCAGCCAAGUUCGACGGCAUCUUGGGCAUGGCCUACCCCCGCAUCUCCGUCAACAAGGUGGUGCCCGUCUUUGACAACCUCAUGGCGCAGAAGCUGGUGGAAAAGAACAUGUUUUCUUUCUACCUCAACAGGGACCCGACGGCACAGCCUGGGGGAGAGCUGAUGCUGGGUGGUAUAGACUCCAAGUACUACACGGGCACCUUGAACUUUAACAAGGUCACCCGUGAGGCUUACUGGCAGAUCCACAUGGACAGGGUGGAUGUGGGCAAUGGGCUAACCCUGUGCAAGGGUGGCUGCGAAGCCAUUGUGGACACGGGCACCUCCCUGAUGGUGGGCCCGGUGGAGGAGAUCACCGAGCUGCAGAAGGCCCUGGGUGCUAUUCCGUUGAUCCAGGGCGAGUACAUGAUCCCCUGUGAGAAGGUGUCCAGUCUGCCCCCCGUCUCCCUGCAGCUGGGGGGCAGGAGCUACACACUCUCGUCAGAGGACUACGUUCUCAAGGUGUCGCAGGCCGGGAGGAGCGUCUGCCUGAGUGGUUUCAUGGGCAUGGACAUCCCCCCGCCUGGGGGGCCACUCUGGAUCCUGGGUGACGUCUUCAUCGGCCGUUACUACACGGUGUUCGACCGGGACAACAACACCGUGGGCUUCGCUGAGGCCGCCAAGAUCUAGUUGUUCCGCACUAAGGCAGAAAGACGUGGUGUUGGAAGGACGGCUGCCAGUCCUCCCUGCCCACCCUGCCUCUCCGUCCUCACGUGUGCACAUACUUACGGCGCCCACCACCCUGUUUUCAGAAAUGCUGCCUGCCUGCCUGCCUGUCUGUCCUCUGUCUGAUACAGGGGCUGUGGCAUGGAUCUGUCUCACUAAGUUGGAGCAGCUGGGGCUCAGCAGCGAGGGCGCCCCCACCCUCCCCCACAGCCCCCUGCUGCUGUUGGAGGUGCAGCUGCCAGGGCAGGGCCCCCAGGUUGUCCUCCUGCUCCUCCCCAGAAACUUGCCCUUCCUGGGGCCGCCUCACCCCAGUAUGGGGCUUGGAGGCCGGCUCGGCCACCCCCGCUGUCCCACCAUCUGUUUAUCCCAGCCUCACCAAGAAAGGGGCCUGCUAAGGCCUGGAAGUGGGCAGGAAGAGUGUGAAGGAGAUGGAGCCAGCAAGGAGACCUUGGGGUCAGGGCCUGACCCAUGAGGUGGGACUGGGAAGGCUGGCUGCUGGCGCUGGCCUUCCUCUGUGGUCACCCUCUCAAGUGGCUAAGCCAACGUGGAAGAGAAAAUACAGCUGUUGGGCCCUUC